UUUUCAUCCCGGAAGUCCGGCUCUCCCCUGUCAGCGGGGGCCAGGGAGAUGGCUGUCGAGCCCUGUCGAGUGCACCUCCCGUCUCUCCAUCCCGGCCGUUGAGCGAGAGCGGUUGGGGCCUGCCUGUCUGACGCCCAGGGAGAGCCCGUAGUCGAGGAUGGCGGAGCUGGCGGCCGGGGAGGGGCCGCCGCGGGGCCGCACUCCUAGCCCGCUACCUCUGACCGGGCCGCCCAGUCCUCGCCCGGCCGGGGCUCCCACUUGCCCGCCGCGCAGCCCGGAGCCGUCGGCGGCCGAGAAAGCCGUGCCGGGAGGCGGCGGAGGCUCGAAGUGGGUCCGGCUCAACGUGGGAGGUACCUACUUCGUCAGCACCCGCCAGACGCUCUGCCGCGAGCCCAAGUCUUUCCUUUGCCGCCUCUGCUGCCAGGAGGGGCCCGAACUAGGCUCUGACAAGGAUGAGACGGGAGCAUAUCUCAUUGAUAGGGAUCCCACGUAUUUUGGUCCGAUCCUGAACUACCUCCGACAUGGAAAACUCAUAAUAAAUAAGGAGCUAGCAGAAGAAGGUGUUCUGGAGGAAGCUGAAUUUUACAACAUUGCAUCUCUAGUACGACUUGUGAAGGAGCGAAUACGAGACAAUGAAAGCAGAACUUCUCAAGGACCUGUCAAGCAUGUGUAUAGAGUCCUGCAGUGUCAAGAGGAAGAGCUCACCCAGAUGGUGUCUACUAUGUCUGAUGGCUGGAAAUUUGAACAGCUGAUCAGUAUUGGAUCUUCCUACAACUAUGGAAAUGAGGACCAAGCAGAAUUUCUCUGUGUUGUAUCCCGAGAGCUCAAUAACUCUACCAAUGGCAUCGUCAUAGAACCUAGUGAGAAGGCAAAGAUUCUUCAGGAGCGAGGAUCCCGGAUGUGAACUGAGCAUCCAAUGCUUUAGAACUCCCAGAGGUCAAAAGGGCGAUCUAGCUGGGCAGAGCAUUUCUCCUGCAGUCCAACCUUGCUUAUGUACAAUAAUCAAAAUAACACAAAGCAAAGCUGAGCCUGUCCCGCCAGUGGAGAAUUAAUCCUGGUAAAAUCCAAAAGCUUGUGUCACCCCUGUUGCAGAAAGCAAAAUGGGGGAAAAAGAGGCUCUUCUAGCCUGGUAGCCCCCUUUCUGUUUUGCCUUUUUCUCCUCGGCAUUGAUAUAAUUCCCCCCCCCCCUAACAAUAGGUGGUUUUAUUUCUAUUUUAUUGUGAAAAAGUGUCCAUGCAUCAUUAGUCUGUAGUUAACAAUAGAGAGCAUUGGUUGAAAAGUGCCAUUUCUUAUACCGAAGCUAGGAAAUUUCUCCCAGUUAGAUUCACCCAAAUGUAAUGAAAAUAGAUUUGGGGGUGUCUAAAAGGAAAACUUUCCUUAGUAUUUGUUUUUUUGGGGGGGGGUGUCUCCUCAACUUUUGUUCAUGUUUUAUAUCGGUUACUGACUCUCAUACUUGUUAGGACAUCUAAUGGGGGAUUAUAUCUACCAUGGGGCCUUGGCUGAAGAUUUUUCUUCUGAUAACACUAAAAUAGGAACGCCAGGCAUUCCUUACAAUGUAGUUUGGUUGUCACUCAUCUUUACAAAUGUGUGAUCACCUGCCCCCAAUCUUCAGAUUCAGUUGUGUCAUCUUUUAUUCUCUCAGUGUCUAAGAAUAACAGCAAUGGAGAGUAUGUCCCAUUUGUCCUGCCUGCCAGAGCCUUGAAUAUAGUCCCUUGGUUUAAUUUAAAAUGACUCUUUUAUCUGGCAGAUUUGUUCCUGCCAAGUUCAGCUUUGCCUUGUCUUGUCUCCAACAGCAUGAAGUGACCGCCUUGUUCUCUUGCUGUCCUGCAUAAAAGCAACUUUUCUUUUGUACUAUAGUUAAUUUGGUAGGCUGUAACCGUUCUUAUCCAAUACACCUGGGGGAUGGAGGGUCCCAUAUUUACACUUGGUGGUUCUACACCUGCAGUUCCCUGCUUCCUUUAUUAUGUCAUCUUACCCAAAAUAACUAAAGGGCAUUGCACAGAUUUGGGCGGGGGGAGGGGAGGGGUGGUGUUGAAAGUUGCCAAACUGUUGUGAUGUUCAGUGUCCAGUGGUGUGUUAACUUUUCUGUGAACUUUUCUUUUCCUUUGGAAUGCCUUGAAUGGACGUGAAAAUGUCGUGCCUCUCUUGAAUUCUAAUCUUAGCCAAAAGGGACUCGCUGAUCUUGUCAGUGAAUUUGUGCCAUCCCUAAUCAGUGAAAGGUCCCCUUCUAGUUGUUGGUAAAUUGAAUCCCUUAAGCGUAUGCUGCAUGAUACUUCCCUCUCACAUCCUGUCUUUGUUCCUUGCUAGUCAUCUUGGCUUUGGGCCUCUGACUUAAACCCCAAACAUACUAAACCAAAGUUUCAGAUUAAAACAAAAUAAUGCUUUGGUCUCCCCCAGGCAAUAAUGGAACCUCCCAUAUUAGCCUGUGAUCAGAAGGCCCAAUAUUCUAAUUGGGGUGCUUGGAAUUUCCCACCAAGGGAUUCCGGGCACCUUGUCUCCUUAAUGUUUUAUGGUGUAGGGUCACAAGGCUUCCCAUUCUACUUGUUCCUUGAGGGGAGGAGUGGGGAGGGCAGGGACAGGAGUGCUGCUAAAGGGCAUGGAAGGAUCUCCUCAUGGAUGCAGCCAAAGAGGCUAGGUGUGGCACCCAGUCCUCCCUGCCCCACUCCGUCCCCUGCUCUUCAGUUUUCCUGUGCAUAUAUCAGUGAGCUUCCCCACCACUUUUGCCAUUACCCCUCCAUUUAUGUUUUGGAGGGUUAGGGUUUGAUUAACAAUGACUGAUUUAGUCUCUGUAACCAUAGACUGUGCCAAAGGUCUUGAGACUCUGUGUCAGCGACAGGCUGCUGAAACUCAUCUGGCUCCAUACUGUGUUGGAUUAAACAAACGUUCCUAUCCUGCCCUGACCUUCCCGUUUAUGAUGUGUUAGUAUUGGCUCAAUUAGACUGUAUGUCUUGGCUGGAUCUAACUUAACACUGUGAUGUGUAUAUAAAUCUGAGUAUCAGCCGUUGUCGGUGUACGUCCACAACUGAGAAAUAACCAGAUGUGUGCAUACUGUUAGACCGUACAAGAACCACAGAUGUAUGACAUUCGUGUGUAUUCUCAUUAUCUCUCCUUUUUCCCCGGGGGGGAGUGGGGGGAAGUGUUAACUGGAAGAAGGAACAGGCUGAUAAUGUGACGAGUAGCUGCCGUUUUUGACGUGGCCUAACCCAACUCAUUCCCCACCUUGCUGUGCACAUAGCAGUGUUAGGUGUACUUGGAAGGAGACAUUGUUGUGUAGCUUUAGUUGAUCAAAACAAAUACCUCAUUGCUUUAUUUAAUUUGUGGCCACCAAAAACAUUGUCCAUGGAGAAGCCCUGUUCAAAGAGUGCUGAUGGCAGGAUAGCAGUCUGAAUAAAAGGAGUCUCAGUCUUUUGCCCACACCACUGUGCCAUUGGGAACAGCUCUAGAAGGGGGAUGAGCUGCAGUUGUCCUGGCAGCAAGACUGGAGAUUGAUUUCUUGUACUAAGGUUGGAGCUGACCUUCUCUGUGACCAUCCUGUAGUCCUGUGUGUUUCUAUCUGAUAAGUGGGGCAGACCUAUCCUAUCCACUGCACUCUAAUACUGAAAACCAGUGAGAGAUUUAUAGUGGAUUUAGUUCUUCACUGGAAUACAGUUGCCUCCUCUUUACCCUUCCUGCUUAAACACUUUCAACUAAAGUAAAUAAACUUGUUGGAACCCUCCCUGGAAUGGCACGCCAUUUGGUUGGAGCAAGAAACAGUAUUAGAGAUUGGAAAAGCUGUUGGCUUUCCCAGUAUAAGGGCUUGAAAUCCAGCUACGGCAAGACACUGUUCCAGGUCAUCCGCUCAUGAUAUUCUCGUCUUUCCCUGCUACAGCAGGUCACUUUCAGGUCCUGCUAGUCUCAACUGGCUUCCAUUUUCUCCUCCAGUUGCACCUUUGCCUUUUAUAGCAACAGGGCUUUCCCUUCCAUUUGCCUUUAUAGUCGUCAAAAUGUUCUCUCCUAAGCUGUAAAGUUGGAAAAUCAUUAAAAGUCGUGUUUUCCCUGUGAAAGGCAGUCAGGGUGGGGGUGGGGGGGAGGGAGGGGAGAAGCAAAUGGUAAGAUAGAUAUGGAUUUGGGUGAUUUUGCAUCUCUUAGAAAGGUUUUGUUGAAAACGUUAGCUAGCCCCUGGGGAUCAGUAGCAGGUCCAGUUUCCCAGUGGUCAGUUGUCCCAUUAUACCAAGGUUGGAGCUAACCUCUUAUAAAAGUGUCUUUGUUUCUGCACAUUUUUAAUCAAUUUUCUCAGGGGUGACUGAGUGGUCCGAGGGGAGGGGGUUGCCCACGAAAGGGCUGGGGGUGGCUCCUCGGACCCCUGCAGCUGGGCCGUGGGCUCCUCACCCUCAGGUUUUGCCUGCAGACCUAGAGGUUUUGUACAGUUUGUCACAUGUCAGUGCCCUUUGCUACUGUUUCUCUUUGUUUAUUAAAUGUGUUUGAAUAAUAAUGGAGAUGCUGUGAUUUUUUUUCCAAUAAAGAUUCUGACAUGA